AUGGUAGUUGUGAAUAAAGGUAACAUCAUACGAAGAUAUUCUUUCUACUCCGACUACGUUGAUGCUCUGCAAAUGUUUGAUAACUCAGGCUUGUACGUCUUCACUGACCUCACCGUCGAGACCAGACCUUGUGAAGAAAGAGUGUAUUAUCAUCUGGGGAUAGGUGGUAUUGGCGUUCCUGGCGUUGCUGGUGGUAUUGUUGCUCCUAGUACUACCGGUCGUCCUCCUCUACUCACCACGACUCCAUCAGUACCCACUGCCACAAGUAUUAGUGAGCAGGAAGACAGUGAUACAGAGGCUGACGCUCCAAGGACCAACUUUCCCGAGACUUGGCUGUGGAACCUCGUCAUUCUCCCGUCUUCUGGUGUGAGCAGUCAAGACCUGACAGUGCCAGACACCAUCACUCAGUGGGUGGGCAAGGCUGUGUGUGCACACCCAGAGAAGGGCGUGGGACUUUCCCAGAGGAAGUCCAUCAUUACCUUCACGCCCUUCUUCGUCGACCUCACCCUUCCACCCACUGUCAAGAGAAGCGAGAUCCUUCCCGUCAAGAUGUCCAUCUUCAACUACCUGAGUCAGCCAAUACCUGUGACUGUACAAGUGGAGGAGAGCAGUGAAUACGACAUCCUUGAGGAACCUGGACAGCAAGGUCUUGGAAAACAAAGUUCGUGUUUGCCAGCGCAAGAUAAAGUCGUCCGUACAGUGAGGAUCAAGCCAGGUGUGAUCGGUGAAGUCAACAUUACGGUGACGGCGUUCGUGGAUCACCAGUUCUCAGGGGCGUGUGGCUCAGGAGACACAUCAAUCACCAGAAGAGAUGCUUUGAUAAAACCAAUCAAGGUUGAGGCUGAGGGUUUCCUGAGAGAAAAAACCUGGACCAAGUACAUCUGCACUGAAGAUGUGAAGACGGGAGACGACUCUCUGGAACAGUGGAAGCUGCAGACACCUUCACACAUCGUUGAAGGAUCAGAUCGAGCCUGGGUCACGGCUGUUGGAGACCUUCUUGCUCUCACACUUGAGAAUCUUGGAAACCUGAUCAGAAUGCCAUACGGGUGUGGUGAACAAAAUAUGCUGAACUUCGCCCCCAAUAUUUUCAUCAUGCAGUACCUAAAGGCUACAAAACAAUCUACACCGGAAUCUACAAAGAAGCUUCUCACAUUUAUGAAGACAGGUUAUCAACGAGAGCUAUUGUACCGGAGACGUGAUGGCUCCUACAGCGCCUUCGGCAACGCUGAUGAUUCUGGCUCCACUUGGCUCUCGGCCUUUGUUCUAAAGUCCUUCGCUCAGGCUCAGGAAUUCAUUUUGAUUGACAACAAGGACUUGAACCAAACCAGCACUUGGCUCCAGAAACAACAAGGAAGUGACGGUUGUUUCAACAGUGUUGGUAAGCUCUUCCACAAGGCAAUGCAGGGAGGAAUCGAGUCAAGCAACUCUUCUGUACCUCUGACCGCGUACGUGAUGAUCGCAAUGCUGGAAGCCGAUGAUGAAUCGUGUAGCCUGUCUGUUUGUCAGGCUACUCAGUGUCUACAUGCUGACACCACUCAGCACCCUUAUAUCUUGGCGCUGAAGGCCUAUGUUUUCGCCCUGGCUAAGGUUCCAGAGGCCGAAACCGUUCUCCAACAGUUGUUGAAGCUGGCCAUUGUUUCUAAGAACUCCACCCACUGGGAGCUGCCUAAGGGUCCAGGAAAAUCUAAGGCAGUGGCAGUGGAGACAGCUGGUUACGCUAUCAUGGCUAUGAUGACACUGGACUCUGUCAAGUAUCGGGAUCAAGCAAGGAAGGUUGUUAAAUGGAUAACAACCCAAAGAAACGGACAAGGAGGAUUCUACUCCACACAGGACACAGUGGUAGCACUGCAGGCUCUAGCACUGUAUGCUACGUACACUUACCAGGGACCUUUGUACGUUGUAGCAUCAGUGAAAGGUACUGGCUUCUCCCACAGCUUCAAUGUCACUGAAGACAACAGACUUCUACAACAGCUCGUAAAACUGCCAGUACUUCCUACCGCCGUCUCUGUCACACUGCAAGGACAAGGAUGUGCUGUUCUGCAGGCUGUUCUUCGGUACAAUAUUCCCGAGGCUGAAGCAAGUGAUGCCUUUGAUAUGACUGUCAACACCAUCACAGUCCCGGACAACAAGUGUGUUACUAAACGUAUCACUGCCUGUGCUUCCUAUAUACUCCCAGAUGGCAAGUCUAACAUGGUAGUUAUCGAAGUAGAUCUCAUUUCCGGUUACAUUCCCGAGAAAGAAGAUCUUAUGAAGCUUGUAAGGGAUGAUCUUAAUAUAAAGAGAUAUGAAGUUGAUGGUAGCAAGAUCACCUUCUACAUUGAAGAAUUAACUGCAAAGGACACCUGUGUAAACUUCCGUGUGAUAAGGGACAUUGAUGUGGAGAAUGUCAAGCCUGGGUCAGUCCGCAUCUAUGACUACUAUAAACCAGAAUUCCAGAUUUUUAAGAGCUACACGCUGCCACCUACCACUGAGUGCCGCUAGGAGGUCCAGUCUUCAUGUUAGUGCUCAAAGUAACAUUCACUGCUUUCAACAAUUUUAUCAGCUCUUUAUUAACAGCUGAUGCUAGAAUCAUCAUCGCACUAAGCUUAAUAAACGAUGCUAAUGUAUCAAAGUCAUGGAUGACUUUAUGAUCAAUAACAUCGUAUUGAGGAAUGACAUUUAUUAUCUCUGUUGUUUUAUUACUACGGUUUCCUAUUAUACUGAUAUUCUUUAA